AUGUUGAUGAAAUUGUUGAUAUUUCUUGUGUUCUGCUUCGUUGUUUCAUAUGGCUGGCAAGAGAUUCAAGCGAUGAACCAAAUUCAAGCGAUGAACCCAGUUGCAAGGUUUCGAGUACGGAGUAAUUUCAAGAAGAAAUUGGCCUAUUUAAAUGUAGCUGCACAAAAAAGAGAAGACGAGGAAAGAACGAGAACGGAACGAUAUCGGAAUUGCUUUUUUUCUCCGAUUCAAUGUCAAGUGCCUGUACGCGUUGAAAAGGAUCCUCUCCUCAAUGCAAUCCUUUCCCGAUCAUCCGCCAUUGACACUUCCGCUUAUUUGCGCAAA